UGUAAUGAUAGCGUUUAUAAGGAAUUUUUUUACAUUAUACUAGUACAUGAACAUUUGUGCUUUUAACAUGUCGAAUAUUGUAUUAUACAUGUAUCAAUAAUCUACACAUAAAAGUUUUCUCAUGUUAAAUGUCUCAUAGGUUACUUGAUUUGCAUAAUCAAAAUCAUUUAAUCAUUAUUCAAUCAUUUGUGGAAAAAAAGUUUUUUAAUAUAUUUAUUUAAACAAAAAACAAAAACAAAAACAAAACCCAAAAAAAAAAAACAAAAACAAAAAACAACAAAAAACAUAAAAAAAAAAAACAAACAAAAAAACAAAACAAAAACAAGAGAAAAACAAGAGAAAAAACAUUAAAGCAUAUGUUUGAUUAUUUACAAAUUGAUUUCAGAUAACGUUUGAUCUUCAUCUUGUUGAUUACCAAUGGAAGCACCAGGGUUGCCUAGUUUUACCAUUCAGGCAAACAGUACCUUUGUGCUAUCGGGUGAUACCCUUGCCAUUAAGUGUCUCAUAUAUAACAUUUCCAUACUAACCCUUGUGAAUAGCUACUCAAUAAACUGGUUUAAAGAUGACGUGCAGAUCACAAAAUCAUUCAGUGACGUCAUCAAUGAUGCGAAAUAUAGGGUGCAGUUGAAUAUUGCAAAGCAGGAACAGAAUGUGAUGUCUGAGCUGCAGAUAAAAAAUAUAACAAUUGAAGACGUAGGUUCUUUUACUUGUGAACUGAAGGGAGGCAAUAUCAUUAAACAGAGACAGUCAAUUUUCAUACUAAUUGAUGAUUCGAAUGGAACAAUAUAUGUAAACUUGACAGGUUACGAUGUUCCUAACGUAACCAAUUUAGGAAUUAGUACGAGUCAAACUCCAUUCUAUAAAACACACAAUAAGUUUGAUGCCGAUGAUGUGACGCCUGUAGAAAUGAUGGAGACGAAUGUAACAAACACAACGGUUGCCAUGGAAAACAUCACGGACUAUGAUAUUACAGAUAUCACAGAUAUCCCAUCUGUAGAAAUGAUAUCGAGUAGUAUGCCAGAAGAAAUCACGAACUAUGGACAGACGACAAUAAUCAACAUCAAGAAUACAACAUUAUCCGGUGAAUUGAAAGUACGAUCCGGACAAGAUUCAACUGGUAUUAUUAUAGGAAUCGGUGUGACUGCAUUCAUCAUAGUAGUGAUAGGACCAUGUAUAUUAUUGACCAUAAGAGCAGUGAAAAGACACCGAAAGAGAAGAUUGCAUAUCUCAGGACCCAACGAUGAAAGACCCCGAGAUAGCGUGUCAUUGGACAGUUACGACGAUGUAGACACAAAUGAAUAUAUGAACCAUUCCAUGGAAAACAUAAAAAACACAAGAGAAAAUACAGACAUAGAUUGUUCUAUUGAAGAAAACUAUCAGGAAUUUAUAGCAUAUUAUCAGGAAUUUGAAUUUGGGAUAUCAACAGGAGCAACAGGUGGCAAUGACAACAGACACACUGAAAACCAAACCGCAGGCUCUCCUUAUAAUAGAAUAGUACGGAAAAGUUUUAAAAAUCGUGAAAAGUUUUUAAGUAUGAAUCCAUUUUCUAAGGAUUAUGAUUCGAUCUCCGCGAAAUCUGCGAAAACUGACGAUACAGAGGCAAGAAAUGACAGAAGAAAACACAAUUAUGAAAAAUGUCACAUAAAAGUCUUAGAAGAAUAUAAGUAAAAUACAAAUUCUGCAAGCUAGCUCUUUAUGAAUGUAAACAUGUAUACAUGUAACACGUAAACAUUUAUACAUGGUUCACUGUACAAUGUGCGCAAAAUAGAACACAUAAAAAGGCCAAUGAAAUAACGGACAUAGCAAGAAUGCAUACUUUUUUAAAACAAUUUUACAUUUUGUGACAGCCCAAGGCACAACAGUUAUUAUUAUUGAAAGGGUCCAAGGUCCUGGGGCUCAUAUUGGUCAGGGGUUGACACAGCGUGUAAAAUGGAAAAUGGUAUGAAGUAUUUUAUCUGUUGCAUAAUGAAUAAUAACAUGUCAAAGACAUUUUCUAAGCCUAAACUCUAUGACUAUUUAUAGACGCGUGAAUUACUUUAGACGAUAUUUUGGGACGUAUAAUGAUUGCCUUAAAUUUUUACCUGAUUUGAAGUGAAAACAAAAACAAAAAAACCCCAAGAGUUGCUAAUGAAGGGCUGUACGGAUUCGUAUCAGCCCUACAUAUUAAUAUCUGCAUUGUGGAAUCUGUAUUAGCAACACAGGCUUAUUUGAAUAUCAUAAGUAAGCUGAUUCGCAUAUGCACACUUUUGUACUAAUAGCGAAGUAUUUGAUAUAAUUGGUUUUAACAUUUAUGAUGAUAAUCAAUAUAUAUAUUCAAAUUUUUAUCAAUUAAAACGGGGCGAGAUUGAAAGUAUCAAAAUAUAUAUUCAGAACCCAACACCAAUCAUUUUUGUAAUCAUUUAAGGCAUGAAUGUUAACAACGUAAUAUUCAUUAAAAAGACACAAAUACUCCUUAAGUUUCUUUGUGCGAUUCUAUGUUAUGCUUAUCUAUGUACUAUUCCCAUUGACACUACUUGAAGUAAGUAUCCAGUAAGGAAGACAACCCUGGGGUAGAUUGUUGUUUUGACUACACGUUUUAGUUAAGUUUUUCAUUACAAACGAAGCUUAUCUAUUUUGCAUUAAAAAAAACUGUUUAUUUGUUUAUUCGUUUACUUGUAGAUAGGAAUGCGCGAAACAACUGAUUUGUCUUACGAUAUACCAACUUAAAUGUAAAUAUUUUAACGCAUAACAAAAAACAAUGCUUACAAAUGAUGAUUAUGUAUAUAUUUUUGUAACGCUGUCUUAUUUUGUGUACAUAAACUAGUUUAAUAAACCCUUCGAUGCCGACCAUAUGGUUGCACACUUCAUUUAACACUGGUGCAAAUUCCUUCAAAUUUUAAAUUUUAGAUUAGGAUACCAAUGUUUCUUUAAGUAUUUACAUCGUCGAAGAUUAUGUUCAAUCCUUUUUUUCAAUUUAUCCAUGAUCUUGUCACAUAUUGUUUGACUAUAUUCUAAAUAUCAAGUCAAAAAUGAAUUAACACUGUUUGUUCUACAAUGGAAAGAAAUCAGUCAGAAUUCACAUUAACAUUCUCAUUUUCUUUCAUUUGUGUGAUAACUUUCAACCAACAUAGAUACCUGAUGUAUUAUUUCAAACAUAAGAUACGGAACUUAAAACUGGGGUAUUGCAAGGUUUUAUUUAAAAAAUAGACACUUCUAAUAAAUAAAAGGAGGACAGUGAGUGUUUUUAAAGAAAGAAAAAAAAACCUCAUUAACGUAUGCCUAAUGGACCAAGGUAAAACAAUGUUAAUGUCAUUAAGAAUACCUAGUUAAGAGUUUCAAAGGAACCACAGUGAAAUAUUUUAAUUCUAAUUGUAACACAGCAUUUAAUUGGCUGAUACAGAAGGAGGGGCAUGUGUUAUAUUGUAUAAUAUAACUUGCUAUGAGGACACACCCCUUUGACAACAUC